AUGUUGGGGUGGAUCAGAGGCCAGGAAGAGCAAGUCGCAGACAACUCUAAGGUUCUCGAGCCACCAGAGACGCCCGGUCCCGUCUUUGCGAUUCGCGCCUUCAAGAGUGCCUUGUUUGGUACACCUGCUGCUGCGGACGACGUCGACGACGAAGAUACCGGCAACCGCGCAGCGAAAACAAAGAUCGCUGUAGCCAAUCAACGACUCACCGAGAAUGUUGUUUUGAAACCUACCCAGGACGCAAGAGAUGUGCCUCGGGCCACCAAAGCCGACCUGGAUCUAGCUGUGAACGCGAUGGCCUCUCCCACCAAAAGCAUCCUCAUGACACCCGGAACUGUCUCCAACCGGCGCAAGACUGUUUCUUUCGGCGAAAGUGUGGUGGACAACGAACGCCAACGUGACGACCUAUCUGCAAAGUACAUCAAGACACCGGCAAAUAUUUCCAAUAGUUUUAGUAGCCAAUGGUCUGCGGGCUCCUCGGCAUCGAAACCAAGAAGCAAACUCACCCAAGCUUUGUUGGACUCACGCGAAGGGUCCGAAAAGGGCACGGACGUUUUCGUCGACUCCACCUCUUCAACCGGGAUGCAACACAAGAUGGCGCAGUCGGAAGAGGAUGACAACGACGACACUAUCAAUCUCGAUGAGCCGCGGUCGCAGUCCGGGAAAUACUGGAAGGCGGAAUAUGAUAACUAUCGGAACAAAACCACCUGGGAAAUCAAAAAGCUGAUCCAGUACCGUUCGGCGGCCAAAACCUACGCCAAGAAGAAGGAUGAGGAGGCUUCUCGGUUGGCUGAGAAGCUGAGAGAGGAGGAGAUCAAGGUUGCGGAGAUGGAACGUCAUGUCACUCACCUGGCCUCCACCAUGGUUGGAGAAAGUGCCAACGCGGACAAGGAAAAACUAGUGCAAGAGCUCACGAAGCAAACUGCAUUAGCGUUGCAAUACAAACACCGAGUCUAUUCACUGCGCAAAACUUUGGAACGUCAUGGCGUCGUGGGUCAAGAAGUCGCUGAUGCUGCUGAUACUUCCGGGAUCGCCAGUCCUUCUGAGCAGAAGAACGAAAGCGUCAAUAAGAUCCAGCAGGCUCUGGAUCAAGCGAAUGCUAAAAUCGAGGAGAUGAAGCGUCAGCAGGAGGAAUUCAACAAAUUGAAGGAUCUAGCGCGAACAUCGGAGCACAAGGCCUCAGAGCUGCAAAAGGAGAACGCCUCAUUGAAGCAGACGCUCGCCCGGGUGAAGCAGGAGAUGAGCAAGUACGAAGGACGUCGCAAAGAGAAGGAAGCAAAAUUGAAACAGCGCGAGGUCAAAUUGGAAACACGAAUCCAAGAAUAUCGCGAGCGCCUGAAGUCUGCUUCUCAACAGCACCGCCAGCACGAGGAGGAACUCAAGGAGUCCUUCAGUGAGGAGCGCCGUCGGAUGCAGGAGCAGGUCGACCAGCUCAGGAUUAAACUUACAGCUAUUGAACGUCUACCGCAGUUGCAAAGCCGCGUUCGUCACUCUGAAAGCCCUGGGAAAGACCACACAGGAGUUCACGUCUAUGACUUUGGCGCACAAGCUAGCCCGGAAAAAGAAGCGCUGGAAGAGACAGUCGAGCUCGACGAGCCACCGAGUCCGAGUCCGCGGGCCAAAGAACGACGGUCAUACCCGUCUUCGAGGUAUACAGCAGGCGAUCUCGACCUGAAACGCGCCAUGAGAGCCAUGGGGAUCAGCGAUGAAGACCAAGUGGCCUUCUUAGGAGGGGAAACCCGCCUAGCGCCGCAUUCACGCUACCGCCCUGGCAAUGGAGCUGCCGUGCCUCCAUCCUCACCUCCGGAGUACCCGCCUCUCGAUGCCGCCGCACGUUCACGUCCAAAGCACAAAUACAAUACCGACAGCUACCGAAACACCCACCCACCGCCCAGCAAGUCCACCAUCACAUCUCUCGCCCACCAUUUAGCCCAGAACCUCGAUGACAGCCAUCAAAUCCGCACGACAACCACCGCCACGAACGAUCGUCUCCGCAUCCACCGCCCCUCCAAAUACGGCCUCGACGCCAUCUCUGGCGUCACCGAAUCUCAUGCACACAACCUCGACCGAAACUCAAAGCGCAAACAAACCCUAGCCGCCGUUCACCGGGACUCCAUCCCCCUGGACCGCAAACUUUCAGCCCAGGCGCGUCUCAAGCAGCGCAAGGAUGAAUCUCGCAAAUCAAAAGAGCAAGGCAAGGAGAACAUCCGAGUGUACACGAGUCAGCCGUUGUCAGCCCUCGAAGCCUAA